AAACGCAAUCGUUCAUUCCGUCUUUAUAACCGAGCAGGAAGAAAAUCGAUCAGUACUCAAAAGUUUCAAGUUACAAAACUAGUCUAGCUGUUAGUCGAACGUGUCUGUGGUUUAUAUUGUUUGUUUUGAAAGUGUAAUUAGUAAAAGAAAAUGGGUAGUGCACAGUCGGCUUUGAAUUUUGGUGCUGGUCCAGCCAAAUUACCCAGAGAGGUUUUAGAAGAUGUUCAAAAGGAAUUUCUCUCUUACCAAGAUAGCGGAAUGAGUUUGAUAGAGAUGAGUCAUAGGGGCAAAGAAUACUCCAAAAUUAACAAAGAUGCCCAAGCAAUCAUUAGAGAAUUACUAAAUGUUCCCGACAAUUACAAAAUUCUAUUCAUGCAAGGUGGAGGUUGUGGAGCCUUUGCAGCGGUUGCGAUGAAUCUCAUCAAUAGAACUGGAUCCGCAGAUUAUGCAGUAACAGGCACUUGGUCGGGUAAAGCCGCCAAAGAGGCUGCCAAAUAUGGAGAAGUGAAUCUAGUAUUUCCCAAAGCUGACAAACCAGGCAGUAUUCCAGAUCAGAGCACAUGGAAAAUGAAUCCAAAUGCUUCUUACGUUUAUUAUUGUGAUAACGAAACUGUUGAUGGCGUUGAAUACUCUUUCAUUCCUGAAACCAAUGGUAUACCUCUAGUAACCGACAUGUCUUCAAGUAUAAUGACGAAAAAACUGGACAUAUCGAAGUUUGGUUGUAUUUUCGGUGGAGCUCAGAAAAAUAUAGGACCAUCUGGGGUGGUAGUAGUCAUAAUCAGAGAAGAUCUCUUAGGAAACCCUAUGAAGUGUUGCCCAUCAGUAUUCGAUUUCACACAUAUCUCCAAAGAAAAUUCGGUGCACAAUACACCAGCAACUUUCUCGGUAUACGUGAUGGAAAAAGUCUUGCAAUGGAUUAAAAGAAACGGAGGAUUAGAUGAAAUGGAAAAGCAAUCCAAACAGAAGAGCGAUCUUCUAUAUAACACAAUGGUAGAAUCAAACUCAUUCUACACGUGCCCCAUUGACGAAAAUGCACGCAGCAGAAUGAACGUUCCAUUCCGAAUUGCUGGCGGAGAUGAUAAACUGGAAGAGUUAUUCCUAGUAGAAGCAGAGAAAUUGAGGAUGUAUCAGCUGAAAGGCCAUAGAUCAGUAGGCGGAAUAAGGGCAAGUCUCUAUAACGCAGUUUCUCUAGAAGAUGUCCAGUUAUUAGUGAAAUUUAUGAAAGAAUUUCAGAAAAGCCAUGGUUCAAACUAAACGUAAUUUCAUCUUCCAAAAAAACUUAGCUAAUUUAUUCUUAUUUUUUUAUCUGUUGUGAACUGUUUGCAAUCAGUGAUUUUAGUACAUGACUGCUCGAGAUUAAAAUAUUUAUAGAGAA